AUGGACCUCAGCUCGGCCGCCGAGAAGAUGAACGCAGGAGCCAGAGGAGGAGCAGCGUCGUGUCUCGUGUGUGAGGAGAGCUGCUCUGGCUUUCAGCCACAUACUUGGAGGAAAGCCUGCGUGGCGUGCGGCUGCAGCACGGUGGACCACGCCGCUCCAGGAGGCCACCUGGAAGACGAUCAGCGAAUGGGACGCCUGCUCGCCGACUCGCCGUCCUCACACCUGUCGGCAAAGGUCAAAGGGGGCGGCGGCCUUCGCAUGUACAAGAGAAACCGGAUGAUUGUGACGAAUCCAGUGGUGUCGCGCAAAGACCCGACGUUCAGCACCACGACGUACGACUGGGCGCCGGCCGGCCUCAACCAGAAACUGGCCUUGCAGUUCAUGCAGCUCCUCCCAAAGAGUCGGCGUCCCGUCUCUGGGACCGACGGCGCCCUGGAGCGGCGCAGGCAGCUCCUGAGCCAGCUCCCGGUCUACGAUCAGGACCCCAUGAAGUGUCAGAGCAUCUCCAGCGAGGAGGAGGUGUCCUCCAUGAUCCUGUUUGUGAAGCAGUACAAGCAGGAGGUGCUGGGGGUGGGCGAGGUGGGCUUACCUGGAGAGGGCGUGGCUCUGAAGGAGGCUGCCGCUCAGAGGACGGUGAAGGAGAAUGCAGCGCAGCAUCAGGACCACGGCUCGAGCAGCGUCGCCUCCUCUGCUGUGAAUGGAGCCGAUGAUAAAACUCAACAUCGGUGUGCCGGCUGCCACGGCGAGCUGGCUAAAGACAGCCCGGUCGUUUACGCGGAGCGCGCCGGUUACCAUGACGCCCAGUGGCAUCCCACCUGCUUCGUGUGCUCAGAGUGUGGUCAGGGUCUGGUGGACCUGGUCUACUUCUGGUCCGAUCGGAGGCUGCUCUGCGGGAGACACUAUUGUCAGUCAGUGUGGCCGCGCUGCUCCGGCUGCGACGAGCUCAUCUUCUGUACGUCCUUCGUCACGGGGACGGACGGACGGACGUGGCAUCGAGAACAUUAUCGCUGCUGGAAAUGUGGGCAAAGCCCGGACGCCCCGUGUCAGCACGCAGCGUGAAGAGUCGACGCAAACGCCUUCGAAACCAGAUGCAGAAAAGUGUCAGAAAGGAUUUAAAAAACAAA